AUGCGAAAAGCUUUAGAAGGAGCUUUGGAUCGUGCGGAGUAUGUCAUUGAAAGUGCCCGACAGAGACCUCCUCCACGGAAAGACUCCUCUAGUGGGGGAAGAUCUCUCCAUGAAAAACUGUAUGACAUAUAUGUUGAAGAAUGUGGAAAAGAGCCCGAGGUUACGGAGGAAUUAAUAAGCAAUGUGAACUUGUUAGAGAAGCUUCUGAUGAGGGAGUCAUUGUCGUGUUUAGUGGUCAACCUGUACCCAGGAAAGGAGGGCUAUUCGCUGAUGCUCAAGGGAUUAGAUGGCUCUUAUUCAGAGACCAUUCGCUUGCCUUACGAAGAAGGGGAACUGCUUGAAUACUUGGAUGCAGAAGAAUUACCUCCUGUUUUGUUGGAUCUCCUGGAAAAAUGUCCGGUUAACAUGUUUCACAGUGGGUGUGUCAUAGCAGAAAUACGGGACUAUAGGCAGUCCAGUAAUACGGAAGGCCCGGGUUACCAAAGCAGGCAUAUUCUCUUACGUCCCACGAUGCAGACGUUAGCCUGCGACGUAGAGUCCAUUACCAGCGAUAACCAGAAAUGGACCCAGGAAGACAAACUGUUGCUUGAGAGCCAGCUGAUCUUAGCGACAGCUGAACCACUGUGUCUUGAGCCUUCUGUAUCGGUGGCCUGCACUGCAAACAGGCUGCUGUAUAACAAGCAAAAGAUGAACACUUACCCAAUGAGAAAGAGCUUGAAGCGGUAUUCUGCAGCCUCCCUGAGUCGGCAGCAAAAGCUGCCUCCUCAGCCAUCACCUCCUGAGCUAAGUAUUGACUUCUUGCAAAAAAGCAAAGAAAGUAAAGCAGGCCUCAGGAUUUCCGAAGCAGGAAAUUGUGUAGAUACGUGGAAACAGCGACCCUGUGACUUGGAGGUCCCUUCUGAAGUGGACGUGGAGAAAUAUGCUAAAGGGGGGAGGUCUGUCAAAUAUGAUGACACAGAACCGACAGUCUGGCCAGCCCAGGAGUCCGACGAUGCUUCUCUAUUUGGAUGUGAAGCUGGCGAUCGGUCCCAGACGACCAAGCUGACCUUCGUGCAGCCGCUCAGUGAUUCACUUUUCUAUGGACAAAGCAAGUCACGUCAAGAAGCCACAUGUGAGACACCGCUGUCUCACCCACACUCUUCCCCAGAUGACCAUUCAAAUAGUUUGAUGCCUGCAUUAAAGACUGAUGCUGGCAAGGUAGUCGGUGGGUCCGAGGAAUUGCUACAGAAGAACACUGAACGUCCAGUCCAGACGUCACUCAGCUCCAGUGGCUCAGCCAGUCUCAGCCAACUUUCUCCAGGGAAAGAAGCAGAACAGCCUCAGGCCACAUCAUCAGUACUGGGGAAGGGAGUGAAACACAUACCUCCAGCCACCAGACUUCCCUGGAGCUCCGGAAAGAGUUCCUCAGGUAACAGUUUCACUCCACAGCAGGCAAGCCCCUUUCCUAAACCUCCAUUUCCUGCUCCUGCGUCCGAGGCACCAGGUCUUGCCCAGAAAUCGUCUGUGGAAGUGAACCCAGUCAGCACACUCCCUGCAGCCACGCUGUUCCCUGCCAGCUCAUCACUAAGAGCCCUGGUCACCCAGGUCAAGGCCAACUAUGCUGGCCUCAAAGUCAUCAAAGUGGUGAGUCCUGUUGUUGGAACCCAGACUGUGGUGAGACGUUCCAACCCAGUGCAGCGCUCUACCGUUGGGGCCAGGGAUCCUUCAGGCGUGAACGCCAGCAGGCUGUCCUCAGGAGGCCAGCCACCAAAUGCACAGUCCGCUGCACCGCAGGCUCCUUCUCCAACGGGUGCACAGUAUAUUUUAAAACCCGCUUCAGAUCUCAGGCCCUUAACUCUACUCCAGGUCCCACCAGGUUCAGUCAUUUUGAACACCCAGCAGCAGGCCCGGCAGCCACAGCAGUGGCUAUGUCAGGUGAUUCCAGGGCAACAACAUCAGUGGCCCUCCACUUCUCAUUGUCAGCAGCCAGUGUCGCAGGGUUCAAGUGCACAAGAUUCAACCCGUCAAAACCCAGCCUCAUCUGCUCAGCACGCUGUUGUCGUCAACCUCAGUGAAAUGGGAAGAGGCCGAGGCCGCAUUCUGCAGGCCCGGGCCACCGUGUUGUGUCAGCUUGGCUCUGCCCAGAGAAGACCUGGGCAAAACCUUCCCCAGCAGACGGUCCUGCUCUCUGCCGUCCAGCAGCAGCAGCAGCAGCAGCUGAGCCGCAGCAGCCGCAACAGCAGCAACCGCAGCAGCCGCAGCAGCAGCAACAGCAGCCACAGCAGCAGCAACAGCAGCAACCGCAGCAGCCGCAGCAGCAGCAGCAGCAGCAUCCAAGGCCGCCCUUGGUGGUGCAGUUGCGAAUCAUUAGGCACCCAAGGGCUGUGGCAACAGCUCAGCCAGGUGGGGGCCAGCAGACAGCAAGCCAGUCUCAAGGUCCGGUCCAGGUCCAGCCCAGUCCAGCCUGUAGACCGCCGCCCCCCAGAGUGA